AUGGACGAGAGCGAACCUGAAGGUGUCCAUGAUGCAGAGCCCGACGUAAAUUUAGCGGGACGACCUACUCGUAUUGCUGCUAAGACUGCUUCAGACGCAUGGGCGUCGUACGUGAAGAAACAGGUCGAUGACUCACCCAAGAAGACCAUCACGCCAAAGCCAGCCACGAAGACCGUAGUGAGGAAACCAGCAGUGAAGAUGCAGACGCAGGGCAACACUGGCGCCGACAAAUCCGUGAAGACGCACAAGGAUCCUAAGCGCAAGAGAGCCGAGUCUGUCAACACCAAGACCAUCGACAAGGGUCCUAGUGACAAAGCGAAAGGUGACAAGGCAAACGGCGCGCAGAAAAGGCUGGAGACGGGGCAACAACCAAGCAAGAAGGCGAAAGUCAGCACUUCGCGACCAGUGAUGUCCAAGAAGGAGAGACCCCACAAGGCCGCCAUCAUCAAUGACGGAUCAGACUCUGACUCGCCAGUGCCACCACCACCACCACCGCAGCCCAGACGUGCCGGUGUUUCGCAGACCCAGGGGACCGGUACAAGUCGGCAGUCUGGCACUGCAGCUCACGAGAACGAAGAGUCAUUUGAUGAUGACGGUGAAGACGUGACCCUCCAGGAUGGUGCCGACAAUCUUGUGGCUGAGGAUUGCGAUGAGGAUGAUGAGGUAGAGCCACGGGAAGAGUGUGACGACUUUGAUUCAGAGCGAGUGACAAUCACGGGUUCCGGCAUGGAGUCGUCCGCCGAGCCUCUUGAAGACGUCGACUCAGAUGAUGUGCCAAGCACACAUCCCUCUGGCUUGCAGUCGUCAAGAGGAUCACGUUCAUCGAGUGUCGCCUCACUAUAUGCCACAGAGCCGCCAACCACCGACGAAGACUACGUCAUGCAUGAGUCUGUGAACAGCGACGAUGAGGCAGUGCCCGCUCCCAAGUUCAAAUCGGCCCCAGGCAACCGCGAGACGCGCAAGUCGGACUAUGCAACCUCGUCUGCUUCUGGUGCUCCUGAGCUGAGUGACGAGGAGUCCGAUGACCCAGUUGUAGUACCGCGUGGACAACAGCCCGGGAAGCUCACAAAGAAGCAGAAAGCGAAGUUGAAGGCAGAAGUGCCCGAGAUCCGUCUGGCCCCGGUCGCUCUGAAGGCGAAAGCUCGCAUGAAGUCUCGCCACCCUGGCUUGGUCCCAGCCAAUGACACGGUCAAGACGAUCAAGUGGCUUUCACGGACCGAUAUCGAGAUCAUCAGGCGCAAACACAGCGUCAAGAUCGACAUCAAGCCUCAGAGUGCUGUCAUUAUACAGCUCAUUCACUUCAGCUACGGGUUUGGAGACCAAAUGGUAGUUUUCGGCCGUGAAGAGGACCGGCAACUGAAGACUGCGGCGGACUUCAGUGACGUCAAUAGUAUGCUCACUCCACUCGAAAAGGACGGCCUUGAUCGCAUGGCAUACGAGGCCCUUGUUCAGGCGGCAGAUGGUCUCGGGUAUGGCGGCCACGGAGACAUUGCUCAGCGCCUGGAGAUUGGAUCGGAUGAAGACUAUGCCAAACCACUGAGGGCCUACGUUGCUCAUCGACUUAGUCUGCUUCGGAGCGCGAUCAAAAAAGCGAUAACACCGUGCGUUGAACAUUUCUUCCAGCUUGUCCAUCAUACAGAAGACGACUCUACCGUGCCCGACAAGGCCUCGCUUCUCAAAGAGAUGGGCUACAUCUACCCGUGGACAUCGACAGAUGGCUUUGAUAGACGUGCUCUCUACGAGAGCCCGGUGAUCAAGUCAGCAGUGCGCUCGGCUUUCUUCACCAAUGCGCAGUAUCACAAUGUUGGACUGAGCAAUAGCAACCUAUUCUCGUCUUCGAUGCAAGCCGCACCCUCAGAGUAUGAGGUAUCACGGGAAAUGAUAGCUUUGGCGAUGACUGCUGUCGAGUCAGUGAUAUCAGACUCCAACCUCAACAUGAGCAAAGCGUCUGAAUUCGGCGCCCCGAGUGCACCUGCUUACCGUGAACAUAUCGCGCGCCUCACUGAAUUCCGCCGCCAGCGGCCGACACGUUAUCACCGCGUUAUGCAUGGUAUAUUCAAGGCUGCGACAGCCGGUCAUGUCAUGCACUCGAGCAUGCGAAUCGGUGGCACAAGCAUUGACUGGGAGGACAUACCCGACGAGUAG